AUGCCAACUGCUACAGAGUGCACUAGGGACUGUAUGAAUCAAUACAGCACAGACACAGCACAUACAAGGAACAGGAGGGUGUGGAAAGAUUGUAACAAGCUAAAGUCAAAGAUGGCUGCCAGUAUCACAGUCCAUUCAGUGCUUGAUAAGAUCAGGAAGGAUCAUCUAGAAUGUCCAAUAUGCACCAAUCGCUUCAUCAAUCCAACAAUGCUAGACUGUCUACACAGCUUCUGCUUCACAUGCCUCAAGGAGCUUCACCAACAAGAUCCUAACAACUCCAUCCUACUGUGUCCUCUGUGCAGAAAGAAAACAACACUAGAAGACAACAAGGUUGACAGUCUACCUAAGGACUUUAAAAUCAAUGCCCUGGUGGAUGAGUUUACUGUUCAGGAGCAACUCAUUGAGGGUCAUGGGUCAGAGGUCAAAUGUCAAGCCUGUAAUGAUGAACAGCAUGCAGCAAUUGCCAGGUGUGUAAACUGUGAUUAUUUCCUUUGUCAGGAUUGCCAAAAUGCACAUCAACGUUUUCCUGUUACUAAAUCUCAUCAGGUCUACAUGCUGGCACAGCUGCAUUCCGGAGAAGUCAACUACAAGUACAGGAGUAAAAUCAGGGAGUAUAUUCCAAAGUGUGACAAGCACAGUGAUCAGACUCUGAACAUCUACUGCAACACAUGCCAGAACUUAGAAUGCACAACUUGUACCAUUCUUGAUCAUGGCAAUCCAAACAUGACCUUAUUGGUAUACCUGAGGCUUUGGAUAAAAGCAAACAGGAAGUCGCAGAGCUGGUUGCAAAAGCUGAGAAAUGCAAGGCUGAAAUUCAAACUGCCAUGGAACAAGCUAGUGAGUCUCGCAAGAAACUGGAAUCUUCAUAUGCUGAAACCAAUAUGA